AUCAAAAGUGGGUAAUUUUAUUUUCAUUUAAAUGUCAGUCGGACAUUUUGAUCAAUAUUUUCCUGUAGGUAAAACCUAACUGUACGUAAAGGUAAAACAUUCCACUACACUCUAACAUGACGCGACCAUACGUCCUGGUUUGGUCAGGAUAGUCCCAUUUUUCGGGGACAGCUCAGCAUCAGUAUGCAAUUGACUUCUACAGUUCUCAUCUUAUUUCUCUUAGUAUUUAAGAUCAGAGCAGUAACAAAGAGAAGCAUCGAUCUUAUAGAAACUCAUAAUUUGAUUUCGGACACUCGACUACCUCACGAUAUUGCUCCAACAAGUUACAAGUUAGUGUUAUCCCCUUACCCUUUCAAUGGGACAUUCAGUGGUCAGGUCAUUAUAGGUCUAGUAUGGCAGGAAGAAACCAAUAAAAUUGUAUUACAUGCUCACGAGAGUCUUACUGUCUUUCACGACAGUACCACAGUCAAACUUAUUAACGGGGAUGGAAACGAAUCGGUUGAAUAUUUUGAAGAUGAUAACAGCAAUGAAACGCCAGCUAUCACGCAGGUGAUAAAGGUGAUCAGCACGGAAAAAACCAAAUCCUUUUACACCAUAACUCUGGAGAAACCAGUGAAAAAUAAAAGUAGGGGGUUUAUUGAAAUUUUCUUUACCGGAAUACUCGUGGACAAUAGAAGCGAGGGCAUGUUUCGAAUAAGUUACGUCGACAAUGAUGGACUGGAUAACUGGAUAAUCGGAACCAAUUUUAGACCAAACCGUGCCAGGAUGGCGUUUCCAUGUUUCGAUGAGCCCGCUUAUAAGGUUCCAUUCAAUAUAAGCGUUGCUCAUCAUAAAUCAACUAAUGCCAUUUCAAAUAUGCCGCCUUUAGCUAUGGACGAACAUGACGACCCUGGUUGGAUGUGGACUCAUUUUAGCAUAACUCCACCAAUGUCAACAUUCUCCGUUGGUGUUGUUGUAGGAUCACUGAAGAGGAUAAUAUAUAACAUUUCGAAAACAGACGAUUUAGUAUUUUUGACGCCUUCCCCAUUAGAUGUUUCGCUGGGCGUAUGGGGUACAAUACAAUAUCUGCCAGAAAUUGAAAAAUCCCUAGAAAAGAUUGCGACGUCUUUGAGGGCGUUACAGGAGUUUUGGUCUCUUCCAUAUCCUCUCCCAAAAUUAGAUUGCGUGGCGUUACCUUACUACCACUCUUCGAGACCAUCCGAUAGCUGGGGUCUCAUCAUGUUCAAAGAAAACGAACUAACUGCAAAAGGGUCCUGGCAAAUAACACAUGAAUUGGUGUACCAGUGGCUAGGAAAUUGGGCUUCCCCCUAUUGGUGGACCGAUGCUCAUAUCAAUAAUGCUUUAGCCAGAUAUGUUACCACCUACAUUACUCUAAAGAUUACAGACCAUAACGAAACAUUCCACAACUGGCCAAUGACUAUGUUGUACUCAAUUUACUACGAAUUUAGUAAAAGGUACCCCCACGGUAAAGCGACCGCUAUCAAACAAGAUUCUGGAUCCGCAAAAACGGAACUAGUUUUCAGAAUGCUCAACUAUACAUUAGGUGAACAUACAGUUAUCCAUGGUCUGCAGAGAUUCAUGUCUGAGAGACAAUACAGUACAUUCUUCGGAGACGAUACAUGGGCAUCAAUAACAGAUCAAGCAAGAUUCGACAAAACCCUAGACGAUACCAUUUCAGCAACUGAUAUAGCAGCUUCGUGGAUACUUAAAGAUCGACUACCAGUUGUAGAUGUUGAAAGGAAUUAUGGAGACGGUUCUGCAAAUAUAACACAGAAGGUAUAUCUACGGGAACGGCCCCAUGAUGUUCCUGACCAGGAGAAAUUCUUAUGGUGGAUACCAAUCGUAAUGGUUAAUCAAAGUAAUUUAGACUUUACCAAAUUUACUCCAGUAAAAUGGAUGAAGAGGGAGCGUGAAGUUAGAAUAGAAAACGUAGCAAAGAGUGACGAGUUUAUAAUAGUCAAUCCGGAAGAAAUUGGUCCAUUCCCUGUCAACUAUGACUGCAAAAACUGGAAUAUGUUGGCCAGAUUUUUGCUCACGAAUGAUGGAAGGAAGAAGAUUCCAGUGAACACGAGAGCAAAGUUGCUUCAUGACGCUUGGAACUUGGCUUAUGCCGGAGACUUGAGUUUCGGAACUGCCCUCAACAUGACACUUUUCCUGCAACACGAAAGAGAACACUUGGCAUGGUAUCCGAUCUUUACCAUGAUCGAUCAUAUUGGAAGACAUAUUGAUAGUUCAGAAGUUCAUGCCAAAUUUCAGACGUAUGUCCGUCUUUUGUUAACACCACUUUACGAAGAACUUGGUAAUGAACCAGUUGAUGGAGAGAGCGAAGGCACAACACAACUUCGAGAAUCCGUGAAAGUUUUCCUGUGCCAAGCUGGUUAUAAACCAUGCAUUAAGGAGGCCCAAGAAGCGUUCCAUAAGUGGAUGAAAGCUGAGAGUCCAGAUGAAGGAAAUCCUGUACAAAAUCGAUACAUUUGUCCUGUGUUCAAAUGGGGAACAAAACAAGAAUGGGAAUUUGGACUUCAAAGGGUCAUCAACUUCCCGGCGGAGAGAAAGCAGAAUGAGAGAACGUAUCUUUUGAAGACAUUAGCUGGUUGCCCAGCAGAUCCAUGGAAAGUGGAAAAGAUCUUGAAUGUAACCAUAAUGGAAAACAAUGGAAACUUCACCGACAAUGAUAUCUAUUUGAUAUUCAGUAUGCUCACUGGCAGUUCUAAUGGCUAUACUACACUUUUCAAUUUCUUAAACACCUAUUGGGACACCAUUAAGACAAGGUUUGAGACCAAACCUCAGUUAUGGAAUGCACUAAUUAAUUCUGCAACGUCUGUGUUCAAAACACAGGAAGGAUUAGAUAUGGUUUCGAAAUUGUAUGUUGAAAAACAGGGUGAUUUCGGCACGGCUGAUUUCGUCAUUGAAAAAUCUCUUAAAAACAUCAAAGAAGAAACGAAAUGGAGUGACGAAAAUCUGCCAGUGAUCGAAUUAUGGUUGGACAAAUAUCUAAAAGACAACAAUGUUACCGUAGACGCAUCUUAAGCUCAGUUUAAACAUUCAAAUUUAAUAAUUAUAAUUAACAAUAAUGUAUGAACUUGAAUUUAAUACCUACUUGAAAAUAAAGGUUAUUUUUAAGUACCUAGUA